AUGGAAGCAGUAAAAGUUACACGAGUGCCACCACCUCCAUGGAUCGACCACAAAUUCAUAGAAUUUGCCAUCAGUAAUAAAGAAAAGGUGAAAGUUACUGUAGAAAACAUGAACAUUCAACACGCAAAUGCAGAAGGAAUUGGCUAUGGAAGCUUGAUGUACAGAAUUACCGCAUUCGCAAAGUAUGGAAAUAGUGAGAAAGCAAGGAAAAUAUCCAUAAUCGUGAAAACAGCCCUUGAAACUGGAGCAAUGAAGGACGUGUUCGAAAGUUGUCAGGCAUUCAGGAUUGAGUCCCAGGCGCUGCACGAGGUGAUGCCGCAGAUCCACGACAAGCUGGCAGAACUGGAAGGGGACGAGUUCCAGCCGCUGGCAGCGCACUGCUACCACUGUGGCCAGAAGCCCUCGGACUUCCUGGUGCUGGAGGACCUGGCAGCAGCUGGGUUCAGGAUGGCCCAGGCAGGCCGUCCGCUGGACUAUGAGCACUGUGCGGCUGUGCUGAGGGCAUACGCCAGGCUGCACGCCACUUCAGCGUUUCUGCUCAUCAGACAGCCACAUUACAAGAACACUUUCUAUAACAAUAUGUUUACCAACCAAACCGCCCAGAAACAUUUCAGAUCGUUGGCUUCUAACGUAAUGUGCGCCCUAGCGAAUGAGUUGGAAAAGUGCCCUGGCUACGAGGAAUACUCCCAGAAGUAUAGGGAGUUUAUUGAACGACGUCUCGAUACAGCAUACAGAAUGUUAGAGGAGAACAAAAACCAAACAAACUUACCUGUAUUGACCCACGGCGACUGCUGGAAGAACAAUAUAAUGUUUAAGUAUCUGGACGGAGAAGUAACAGAGGUCCGCCUUCUCGAUUUUCAGGCAGCAAACGUGACCAGCCCGGCUACGGACCUGCAGUACUUCCUGUACUCGAACGCCAGUGAGGAGGUCCACCGCCACCGUUUGGGCGACCUGUUGCGCCACUACCACAACACGUUGGUGGGCCUGUUGCGUCGUCUGGGCAUGGAGCAGGCCGCGCAGGCGUACGGCAUGGAGGAACUCCAGCGGGACAUGGACCGCUGUUUGGCUGCAGCCGUUGUCUUCAGCGCCAUGAGUGGCUUCGUUCUGACUUCGGAGAAGUACGGCGCAGAAUAUGCACAGGCUUUCAACGACGUAGAAAAUUCAGAGCAAGCUCUCGCCAAGACCUUUGAUAAUCCAUAUUCUUUGUCGUAUAUGAAAUACCUCUCACCGAUUUUCGACAGUAAGGGAAUUUUGCUUCUUGUUGUGUACCAGACGAGAGAUUUAGUUCCAAGACAAGCCAACAACAUGGAAUUAUCAACUGAUACGCGACUUCCACCGCCUUCAUGGAUAAAUCAUGGUUUCAUAGAAUCUGCUUUGAAGACUGCAGAACGAAAGAAAAUUACCGUCGAUUCCAUCAACGUCCAGUACGCAAAUCCUGAAGGAGUUGGCUAUGGAAGCUUGAUGUUCAGACUCACUGCCAAUAUGAGAUAUGAAGGCAGUGAGCAGACAGAGAAGAAAACCAUGAUAGUGAAAACGGUUCUUGAGUCUGGUGAACUGCUCAAGGAUCUCAUAGAAAAAUGUGAUGUGUUCAAGAUCGAGGGAGAGAUGCUGCACAAUGUGAUGCCGCAAGUCCACGAGCUGUUGGCAGCACUGGAGAAUGAGGAGUUCCGGCCGAUAGCGGCCAAGUGCUAUCAAUGUGGCCGACAGCCCGCGCCCUUCUUAGUGCUGGAGGACCUGUCAGCAGCUGGAUUCAGGCUGGCUCAGGCUGGCCAGCCACUGGACCUCAAACACUGUGAAGUCACACUGCGGGCGUAUGCACGGCUGCACGCCGCCUCAGCGUACGUACUCUGCAAACAGCCCCACUACAAGGACACAUUCAGUUUCCACAUAUUCACGGACAAAAGCGCUCGACAGUUUGUAGAAACUAUGACCAAGAAGCUUUUCAUAGGACUAGCCAAUGAGUUUGACAAAUGUCCUGGUUAUGAGAAAUAUUCAGAAAAAUACAGGGCUUUUGCUGACCGCUUCCUCGAUUUAUCAUGUGAAAGAAUGGAGCAAAUCAAGAGGCAAACAAAGCUUCCGGUAUUGACCCAUGGUGACUGCUGGAAGAACAACAUGAUGUUUAAGUAUACGAAUGGAGAAGUAUCAGAAGUCCGUCUAGUUGAUUUUCAGGGUGUAUCAGCAACCAGCCCGGCCUCGGACCUGCUGUACUUCCUGUACUCGAGCGCCAGUGAAGACGUCCACCGACACCACAUGGAGGACCUGCUGCGCGAGUACCACAGCACGCUGGUGGGCCUGCUGCGGCGUCUGGGACUGGAACAGCAGGCAGACGCCUACACCUUCGAGGAGCUGAAGAAGGACAUGGACCACUGCUUAGUAAUCGGCGUUCAUUUCAGCAGCGCUAGUGGAUUAUUCCUCACUUCCGAGAAACAUGCCAAAGAAUAUGUAAAAGCAUUCAACAAUCCAGAGAAGUUUGAUGAGGUUAUCGUUAAAUCAUUUAGGAAUCCGUACACAAUGCCAUAUAUGAAAUAUCUCACGCCAAUUUUUGAUAAGAAAGGAAUUUUAUGAUCGUAUUUAAUUUUUAAAUGCACAGGACCUAGUUUUCGGAGCAUCUGAAAAACGGGUUGUAAGGACUAAUCGUCGAAUCGUCGACACUUGCAAAAGGCAACUCUUAAAUUCAUGAGUGAUUAAUAGCUAUACACAACGUUUCGAUUGUAGUUGUAAUACCUUUCCGCUACUCUACCACACAAAGAAAUGUGUCUGAUUUUAUUCUCCGUGUAUAUUUACGGGACAGAACCUUUCCAAUAAUUCAUGUUUGACCUGUGUCUGCCAUUGUUCAUAUGAUAAUUGGACACUAGUAAAUAUUUUCAUUGCUUCUUGUUACAACGCAAUUAACACCAA